UCUGCCUCGACACGUCUGGUGGGAGAAGAUGAAUGUAAUAGGGUAGUUUGUAGUCUGCCACGCUGGUGUCCUGGGAGGAGUGCUUUUACACUGGCUGUGAAUGAGAGCAAAAGAGUUUAUUACAGUUUGGGGUGAGGUGUGGUGAGACAGGGCGGUGUCUAGGCUUUGUCUCGGGCUGUAAGAGGAGAACGGGAUCUGAUAGGAGGAGUCACAAUCAAACAGGAACUGCAGAGAAUAGAUGGAGUGAGCGAAUGCUAGUGGGAACUCACUCCGAUCAUGCUGCAGGGCAGGAGGUGUCUUCGGAGCCUCUUAACAGGCACGAGUGAUCAGUGUCUUUCAGAUCUUUGAGCAGGUUCUGGAUACAGUUGGAUUACUACUGAGAGGAUACUACUCGUGCGCUUUCAAGUUGGGAGACUUUGAGCAGGUUUUCAAAGCUUGAACUGAGCUUGAUCUACAGCUGUAAAGAAUUGUCUACAGUUUGGCUUCAGCUGCAUGGAUACUCUUUUUGUGUACCUGUGAAGUGAUUCAAGUUGUGAAGUACCCAGUUUAAAUGCAAAGCAUUUGUGGAAUAUGGGACAAUUUGUUAUUCAAGUGGAUUUGCCAUGGAUUUUCUGUUCACUUCGCCUUGUCAUUAUGAUAAUUGCUGGUAAAGUUUCCCCUACCAGUUCCGAUGCCCUCUUCAGCGUCCCUGUUCCUAGUACCACCUCCAGUCCACCAGAAGUGUACCUCCCUGCUAAUUUUAAGAUCUCCAACACACAGUUGGCCUUCUUUCUCCAGGAGACCCGAGUUACAUCAUAUGGCAGCCAACGUGGACACCCUCUUCAGCGCUCUGAAAGCUUUGUGGUCUUCCAGACUAAGGAACUGCCUGCAAUCAACAUCUCACUUGGGCCUUUCACCCAAGACCAGACAUUGUCCAAAGAUCUACUACAGCCGUCAAGCCCUUUGGAUAUUCCUGGAAGGCUGACGGUCAACUGGAAGGUCCGGGCCUUUAUUGUACAGUCUAGAGUGUUUGCUAGUAACCCAUUGGUUCAGGUGCUGUUCUAUAUUGCAGGACGGGACUGGGAUGACUUUAAGAUUCAGGACAAGCUUCCAUGUGUGAGGCUGCAUGCUUUUAGAGAUGUUCGGGAGAUCAAAACUUCCUGCAGGCUUCAAGGGAAUCUGGCUCAAUGCUUGGCCCAACUGGAUCUCCCUUCCACGUGGUUUAAUGUUAAUGUAGCACCAUUGGGUCGCAGAAAGUCUUCAGGAACAGAUGGGCUUGAGUUAAGUGGGGAGACCCUUCAAGUGGAGCUUUACUAUACCCUACAUGAUCCAGACAGCAAUGAUGAGUGUGGGGAGAGCUACCCACGCCGGGGAGGGGCAUCCAGAGGGGAGAGCUCAUCCCAACAACCCCUUCUGCGUAUUGGGAGCAUCAGUUUGUAUCAGCCCAGUCAGGAACAGUUGGUGGUAGACAAACAGCUUGACACGAACCUCUUCCUGAGGUUACCAGAGAGGCCAUUAAAGCCAGGAGAGAUCCUCAACAUCUACCUGCUUUUGGUCCCAAAUUCAACUGUGGAGCAGUUUACACUCAAGGUGAAAGCAAAGAAAGGGGUGAACCUCCUCAGCACCAAGUCGAAGAGUAACCAGUGGAGGGUUGAAUGGGAUGUGCAGUCCGGAGCCAAACACUCGAUUGCAACCGUGGAAGCCAGCAAGAUCAAAGGAGUCACUGUGGACAUGGCUGCCAACAUUGAAAUUAUGCAGCUAGACUUUGAGAUGGAGAACUUCACCAGCCAAUCAGUCACCAGAAGAAUCAACUGGAAUAUUGAUUACCGGGGCCAGAAUCCAGUGUCGGAUGCAGAGAAGGUGGUCACAGAGCUGACGGUUGUGCAGAAGGACAUCCAAGCCAUCAUUCCACUUUCAAUGGACACUGAGAUUAUCAACACGGCAGUUCUUACUGGCCGAACUGUGGCCAUCCCUGUCAAGGUGGUUUCCAUUGAGAUAAACGGAGCAGUCACUGAUGUGUCAUCCUUUGUGCAGUGCAAGUCAUUCAACGAGGACAUCGUCAAGGUGUCCAUGAACUGUGACUAUGUGUUUGUGAAUGGAAAAGAGACGCGUGGCUCCAUGAACGCUCGGGUGAUUUUCAGCUAUGAGCACCUGAGUGCCCCUCUUGAGCUCACUGUCUGGGUGCCCAAACUGCCCCUUAAAGUGGAGCUCUCAGACAACAGACUGAGCUUCAUCAAGGGCUGGAGGGUGCCAAUCUUACCCGACCGCAGAACGGCCAGAGACAGCGAUGACGAUGAUGAUGAUGACCGUAAAGUGAGCCGUGGAUGUACGCUUCAGUACCAGAGGGCCCAGGUUAAGGUUCUGACCCAGUUCCACACUACUUCUACUGAAGGCACAAACCAGAUGAUCACUAUGCUGGGUCCUGACUGGCAAGUGGAUGUGACUGAGCUGGUGCAAGACUCUCUGAAGGUGGUGGACGCCAGGGUGGCUGAGCUGGUGGACAGGACGGUGCUUGUGGCCAAUGAGCUUGGAUCAUCCACUCUGAAGGUUGAAUCCCCACUGGCAGUGGAGGCGGUACUGGGUGAAACGCAGUUUUUUGUGGUAGACGAGAAAGUGUCCAUUGCGGAGCUUCGUGUUCAUGCCAUCUCGGGACUGGCACUUAAUCUUCAACCAAGCCCUGGCAACAGCCAUACCAUGGUUGCCAAGGCAACUGGCCUGCAGACACUCUCCACUCUUAAGCAGGAGGCCAGUUUGUCCAUCUGGGUUUACUACAGUGACAAUACCGCCGCCCCCCUGAGUAUGUACGACCCUAAAGACUACAACCUCAAUGCCUCCACAGCAGAUGAUAAAGUGGUUUCGGUGGCUCAACAACCCCAGGGGCGGUGGCCGGUCAUCGUUGCUGAGAGUGAGGGCACAGGAGAGGUAGUGCACGUGGAGAUGACCAUCAGCGAAACCUGCCAGAAGACUAAACGCAAGAGUGUAAUUGCUUCAUCUCCUGUGUUCGUCAAAGUCCGCUUUGGACCAGAUGAAGACUCUGAGGAGGAAGUGGAUACAGAUACUGAAAUAGACACUAGAAUGGCUUCCAACACAAGAAAGCCAGCUAUCGAUCCCAACGUAGGUGGUGCAGGGUAUGAGCCAUCUAAUGAGCAACCCGCAAGCGUGCCCAUUGAUUACACCAACUUCCCUACAAUAAGCAAUUCUGAGGAACCAACUGAAGAAGAUGAGGAGGAUGACGAGUUUGUGCACAAUCCCCGUAGCAUGACUGACCUAGAGAUCGGCAUGUAUGCUCUCCUCGGCGUGUUUUGUCUCGCCAUACUGGUCUUUCUUAUAAACUGCAUUGUGUUUGUGUUGAAGUAUCGCCAUAAGCGCAUCCCUCCUGAAGGCCAAGCCAACAUGGACCAUUCCCAUCACUGGGUGUUCUUGGGUAACGGGGAACCCCUGCGCACCCAGAACGACCUCUCGCCUCAAACGGUGGAGAGCCCCAGCAACACCUUGGAGGGGGUACAGACAUGUUGUCACGGGGACCACCACAGCAGUGGCAGUUCGCAGACCAGCGUACAAAGCCAAGUCCACGGCCGAGGAGACGGCAGCUCCGGCGGUUCCACCAAAGACCACGGAGAAGAUGCCAACUCGCCAACCUCCAAACGCAAGCGUGUCAAGUUCACCACCUUUACCCUUCCCACAGAGGAUUUACCCUACAACUCCAUCCCCAUUGCCAAUGAAGAGGACAUUCAGUGGGUUUGUCAAGACAUGGGCUUUCAGGACCCAGAGGAACUGCACGACUACAUGCGCAGGAUAAAGGAAAUAGCCUGAUCGGGUUAUAUGCUUUCUAAAGACGUUCCUUUCUAUUUUUCUCUCUCUUAUUUUUCACUCUAGAGGAGGUACCUUUCACGAAGAAAAAAAAACAACCAAGGCCUAAUGUCCAGUUUUGUUGGGGUUUUCUGCACAGUGCUGUUUCCCUUACACAUUGACACUAUAAAAAAAUAUAUUCAUGACGCUGCCAGGGAAGCCAAAGACAAGUCUAAGGGAUUCUAGCUAAAAUGGCUUUAGCGGUGUGUGUGAUUGCUGCUCAGUAGAAGGGUGAGUGUACAAUCUUUCUGGGAAACAGAGUUUUUUAGUUGUGAACACUAAUAUCAAAAUUAAUCCCUGAAGUACUCAAUCAUGUGUGGGUCAUCCUUACUGUGGAUGGGAUCUUUCUCAGAGGAAUGCCUGGAGUCUUGGCACUGUGUCCAUUUUUCUUCUUCUCUCUUUUUUUUUCAAUCCAACAGAUUCUUCUCCAACAAAGAGGCCUUUGACGUGCAGAUCUACUUUUGUCCCAGAUUUGUGUUUGAGAUGGAUCAUUUUCAUGCCAUUGUUGAUAAACCUGACACUUAGCCACAGAAACUGUCAGGGAUGUUCGUGAGAACGUGCCAUGGAUUCUUUUCUGUCAGUGUUGGAAAGGUGGAAUGGUUUUAUCCCCCUGCCCCUCUUUUCAGCGUUAUCUCAGUUCAACACAUGCCUUGGUUGUUGAAUUAGUUAUUCGUCUGUCUUUGGUAUUUCAUUCUCAAACUGGAUCCCACCUCUGCUUCUCUCACUGUCUUGGUUAAGUCAAAUGCCUUAUUAAAUGAAUCUCAAUAGUCACAACCUCUCUCUGUGCUGACACCACAUUUGUUCAUAUUGGUAAGGGCCAAAGCAGGGGGCAACUCUACGGAUGUCUGUAUCUCAAUGAAAUGUGUCGGCAUGGGGAAGACGAGAGCUUGUACAUUGUGGAGUUAGGUAUCUUCUCCAACAUUCCUCUGCAUGAAUGGAGACUUGGAGGCACAAUUAGCGCAAUUUUGUUUCUUUUUUACUUUGUAUAUGUUUGUAUUGUGAGAAUUAUCUAAUCAUGCAUAAAUGAUAAUAGAGGACAUAUCAUGUUACCAUGCAUUACAUGCAUGUGCCAGACCCUCCCUCCUAUGUACAUACCAUGUUCAGUACAUAACGACUGCUGACGCUCAACUCUUGAUGACUCAGUUAGCCUGAGAAAUAAGGGAGGCAGAUGCCAUAUAGGAACUCGGCAGCCAGAUACUUGAAUUUCAGUGAGGCUCUCGUUUCUCUUUACUGAACUCACCGUGAAUUCCCAUCCAGGUGGUAAUAGAGUUAAGGAUAAAAUGCUAUGCAAACACACUGGAGGGGUUGAUUAUUGUGGUUAGGUAAAUCUGCCCUAGAUGUUAUUAUAGCACCACGGUUACUUUCGUUAAUAUACCAAGAAAUAUCUCAAACUAGUUGGAACAUCUGCCACAGUGUAAAUUGCAGGUUUUGAGAUUUAAGUUGUUGUUGUUGUUUUCUUUUGUUGUUAUUUUUUACUUUGAAACACGCUAGAUUUGUUAAAGAAAACACCACAAAAUGCGGUAGCACAGUAGAUCAAGCCCAAAAAUGUAAACAUUUACUAGUUUAGAAAGGGUUAAGCUGGUAACGGGUCUGGAAGCUUGUUUUGUGGUGGGGCACAAAUAAGUUGUAUCUGUAUUGCUGCUGACCAAUCACAGGUUAGUUUCAGGGUUACAGUCCCAACCCUCGGUUUCUUCAGGAUGUCUAAAUUCACACACUGUAUUAAAUGCUUAUUUCCCACUGUGCUUUUUUGUAACAUGCAGGAUUUACCUUUGACUUGUUUUUAAUAGUCUCAUUAGUCAUUUUCCUGUAACCGGAGGGAAUACCUAUAUUUGCUUUCUUUGUUUUAUAGUAAUUUUAUUAUAUUAUUAUUAUUUUUUUAAAUAGAUCACCCCUAAUUUAAUCAGAGGCCCUUUGCACUCCAGAUAAGAGUUACAGAGAAUUUAAUACUGACACCUCUCCACCUUUCUCCUAUGAUUUGUUGCCCUCUUCACCCUU